AUGACCCAACAACGCAAGACCAUCGCCGUCGUGAACGCGACCGGCCGCCAGGCCGCCUCGCUCAUCCGCGUCGCCUCCGCCGUCGGUCACAACGUGCGCGCUCAGAUCCACUCCCUCAAGGGCAUCAUCGCCGAGGAGCUCGAAACCCUCCCCAAUGUCACCCUCUUCCAGGGUCCGCUGCUGGGCAAUGUCGCCAUGAUGGAUGCCCUCUUCGACGGCGCCAACCUGGCCUUCAUCAACACGACCUCCCAGGCCGGUGACGAGAUCGCUAUCGGAUGCGCCCUCGCCGACGCCGCGAAGCGCGCCGGCUCCAUCCAGCACUACAUCUACAGCAGCAUGCCCGAUCACUCCGUUUAUGGCCCCUGGCCCCCGGUGCCGCUCUGGGCGCCCAAGUUCACCGUCGAGAAUUAUAUCCGUCAGCUGGGUCUGCCUGCUACUUUUGUCUACGCGGGGAUCUACAACAACAACUUUACCAGUCUACCCUACCCCCUGUUCCAGAUGGAACUGCUGGAGGACGGCAGUUUCGAAUGGCACGCUCCGUUUGACCCGGAAACCCCGCUGCCGUGGCUCGACGCCGAGCACGACGUCGGACCGACCCUAUUACAGAUUUUCAAAGACGGGCCGCAAAUCUGGCACGGUCAUCGAAUCGCCCUCACAUUCGAAACCCUCACCCCCAACCAAGUCUGCGCAGCCUUCUCCCGCGCCCUCAACCGCCCCUGCCGGUACCUCCACGUGCCCAAGAUCGAAGUCAAAGUGAACAUCCCCACCGGCUACCGGGAGCAGCUAGAAGCGCUAGAGGAGGUAUUCGGGCGCUGCAACGCGCCCUACUUCCCGCAGCCCGAGUUCUCCCGGCCGGCAGCGGGGUCGCCCAAGGGUCUGGGGCCCGCCAAUGGCAAGGGCGCCGGAGCCGGGAUGAUGCAAGGGCCUGGCGGGGUGAUCUCACUGCGCGUUACCGACGAAGCGCGCCAUCUGUGGCAGGGUUGGCGCGAUAUGGAGGAGUAUGCGCGGGAGGUGUUUCCUGUGGAGGAGGAGGCCAACGGGUUGGAUUGGAUGUUGUAG